CCGAUCAAAACAAGGAAACAGCACUACUACCAAGAUAAAAUCCAGUUGCUUUUACUGUGCUGCCAUCUGAGGCUUACACAGUGGACUGAGUGGUACAAGGAGGCCUUUUCUGUGGACAGAACAAAGGAAAUAGAAAAAUUUCAGUCUCUCAUGGCUCAUGGGAAACAAUCAACUUCAACAGUCCAAUCAAAGGAAGAAGGGGAUAUUGCAAAACCAGCCAAGAAAACUGAAGAAUCUGAUAGAUUCCAAGAAUUGGUUGCAGACAUUGAAGACAUCUUUAACUUUUUAGAAGAGAUGAGGGUACUUGGUAAAGAGAAGCACUACUGGCCAGUUGUUCAGCAGCAGAUUGCAGCAAAAAUACGUCAAAUGGAGAAAAUAGACAAGCAAAGGAGCAAGGAACUCAAAGAAUGGAUCAAAAGUCAUGAGAAGAAUAACUGUUGUACAUACAGGGCAAAAUUAACAAAUAAAUCAUAAACUGCUAAUUAUAUAUUUGCGAACAAAUAAAGCAAAACUACUAAUUUCAAUAGUCACUGCAUUCCACAUAGUAACAUAUUACCUAUAUUAAAGCUUUAUUAGCAAGUCUUAAUU